GAUUUCAGCGACUUUGUGCUAGGAUGCUCAGGCUGUAGUAAAAGUAAAAGAGUAAAAGUAAACAACACAGACUGAGGAAGUUGGCAAAAUAAAAUUUUAUUGUGCUUAUUGCAUAUUCUUGAUUUGAUUUAGCGGCUCAUCUCAUGUCAGUUCAGUCAUCAUGCUAUGCUACUGGCUGGAAGUAUAUAGCUAGCUAGUAUAUAGAAAGCUAAUAUUAUGGAAGCAAGUUUAACUUAAAAGGGAUUUAGUUAUGAUGCCAGAUGUUGACAAUUUUGAGCAUUUCACUCCUCCAGCAAGUCCUACUUGUGAAAGCAAGCUGCGUCUUACAAAGCGAGAGUUACAAUUUAAUCUGGUAAAUUCUUGUGAUUUACAAGUUUGGGAUUAUGGAGAUUUUCUUAUUGACCCAUUAGAUGAAGGAUAUUUUGGUGCUGUUUAUAAGGCUACCCAUUACGAAACGAAAGAAGUGUUUGUUUUGAAAGUGUUGAAAGAAUACGAGGAUGAAGAAGAAAACAGAGAGAUGUUUAUUGAAGAAAUACGACUACUAUGUAAACUAUGCCAUCCAAAUUUGCUGAAGUGCAAAGGAUUGACGUUUCAUGAUGGUAAUCUUGGAUACCUAUCUGAGUACAUCGAAGGGGGAUCUUUGCAAAAAUUGUUGAUGAAACAGGACGUAUUGAAGCUGUCGUGGAAGACGUAUUUGAACAUUGCACUUGAUGCUUCGAAAGGAAUGGCAUAUCUUCAUGGAAAAGAUGUGAUACACAGAGAUCUCAAUUCAAAGAAUAUCGUGGUACGGCUAAUUGAUGGAUGGAGAUAUGAAGCUAUUAUUAUCGAUCUUGGUUUGUCAUAUCAAAAGCCUGAAGUUCAAGUGCCAAUCGAAGAGAUUCCACAUGGUCCAGUUGGGUCACCAUUUCAUAUUGCGCCAGAAUUAUUUAACAUGGAACGAUGCAGUAAAAAGGCUGAUGUGUUUUCGUAUGGUAUUAUAUUGUGUGAAAUGAUUUCUGGAUGUCCUGGGGCGAGUCCAGAAGAACUACCAAGAACUGACGAUUUUGGUUUAAACGUUGAGGAAUUUAGCGAAAUGGCGUCCGAUUGUCCGACGGAGUUACUCAACUUGGCUGUUAGAUGCUGUCAGAUGAAACCGCAUCUUCGUCCGCAUUUUCUCGACAUUGUGAAGAUUAUCGAUAUUAUUAUCGACCGUUACGAAGAACGAGAAUUGAAAUCCUCUGUGGAGAACAUAUCAACAAAAAGUACUGAAAACUAUUCGUUGAGCGAUGACUGUAUAAUUGAAAGUUCUUUGCUAUGUACGUGUAAAAUGACCGGAAGACCAAAGUCUAGAACAUUCUCGGAAGACCUCGGUCUACGAUUCAAUACCGUGUACGACCGGUUUGGUGAAGUUCGACGAACGAGUUCUAGACGACUGAUGAGGAAAUAUGUUGAAAGAUGUUCGAUGUGUGGUGGUCGUAAUAUGACAUAUAUAGAACUUAAACGAAACAGCGCAAUGCCUUGUGGAGAUAAUAAUUUGAAAGAAACUUCAAUGAACAGAACACAUUCAUUACCUUCGAUGGUGCAAAAUGACGGAGAUAAUAUUGAACAAGAUGCACGUGAAAAUUUAUCUGCGCAGUUUAUGGAUGCAGAAUAUUCGAUCGUAGACGACAAUGGAAACGCUCAGGAUAUUUUUGCGCAUAAUAUAAAGACACAGAACCAGGAGCCACAACCCCUGGAACAUUGUGUGCGUAAUGUUGCAAAACUUGAGAAUCGAGAAGAUCGCAAAAUAGAGGAUGUAAAACGAUCAAAUGAUGAUGACAGUAUGGAGAAAUGGGUUACGAAUACGAGCGAAAACACGGUAACAAAAAGAAGCGAGCGGUUACCAAACAUACAAGUACAUGAUAGGGACAUCAUCAGUGAAAUAUCGAAUACCUAUUCAUCAACUUAUUCUAGUCUCGAAAAAUCUAUCAAGUUUCCAGCAGCGGUUUUCUUGAAACAAGAUCGAGAAGAUAUAUCAUCGAAGACAUCGCAGUUGGCGCAAAGUACACCUGGCCGGUUACCGAGAUUUUUUCAUCACUUGUUACGGCGCCGAAAAAGUCGGUUGACAUUAACCAAGUUGGAUGACGCUGGUUAUAAUUCCACGACGGAAAAACGAAGUGUACGGUUAAGCUUGCAAAAAUUAUUUCAUAUUUCACCAAAUAGCUCAACUAUUAACGGGAACCGACUGUCACCGAAUGACGCUGUUGUUGGCCUUCGUAUGACGUCGACAAGAUCCCGGAACGAGAAGAAUGAUUACGAAAUUCGAAGACGCAGCAUGCCUGUAUCUAUGCGCCAUCAUUCUUCUUCUAGCGCGCCGGAACAAACCAAGUUUCGUCCAUUGUCACCGGGCGCACGAUCUUUAAGCCAUGACAAAAACGAAGAUACGAUAAAUGUGUUAGGUUACGACCAUCCGACUGUACACGAAAGUAUUAGCGAGGGUCUUCCGACCUCGCUGACAAGUUCUAAUCGUUCGCUGAAGCAGAAGCGAUCAAGGUCGUUUGUUGAUUUGUUGUUACGUCGAAAAAAUUCGAUUUAUUAAAAUAUUUCACGUAGAUUUAUAUAUAGUUAGAAUUAAAAAUUUUUUUUGCAAGAUUAAAGACUUGAAUUUGGCAUGUUAUCAAGUUUUCGGUCGCAAUCUAUUUUUCGCAUUUUUUUUUUCGUCCAUACUGAUUUCUUGGUAGUGUUAAUAAAUCUGUAAAUUUGUAAAGUCUUGUUGAUAUUAUGUUAUAUAUCUGUUAUUAGUAUUAUAUUUAUAUAUUUGCUCUUCACAAAUUCUAUCAACAGCCGCGAAGGUGAUUUAAAUUCAUCCUUUUCGUUUAAUAGCUGGUAGGCGCCAUUUUAUUUUUUAUUUGACAUAUGUUCCAAUGGUUCCAACAGUAAACUUUAGCAUAUUUUCUUCAGCUUUUUUUCCUUUAGAGAUUUUCCUCUUAUUUGUCUGUUAAUUGUUUUUAGAUAUAUUUUAUGUCCUAUUAAAAUAAAAAUUUAUAAAAUUAUUAUUUGAAUGCAUAGAAAUUUCUACAGUACGUUCCACAGUAUGCAUAUAACGUGAUGUUGUGAAUAAACGCCCUGUUGGGCGUAUCGACAAGGCGUAUCGAAGGGUUACGCUUAUUUUAAGAUUCAACUUUUCACUAUGAGUCCAGUUGAUUUAUUGAGAAAAAUAAACAAAAAUAAUCUCAAAGUCUUAAAUUUGUUGAUGAAUUCCUAUAAACGUCCUUUUUUAGUAGGGACCUUAAUCAGAAGAUAGACUUCGUGAGAAGACACGCGUAGAAUUAUGUUGCUUAUGAACGUGUUUCAAACUAGUAGUCCUGAAAUCACUAUCUAAAUUGGAGUUUUGUAGAAUCUAACCUUACUUCUAUGGCUUUCAUCUAUAGAACUGAACACAAUUUUUAUUUUAACUGACUGAAGGCCAGCUUCAUCCAAUGUGUAAUGUAUUUGUUUAUUUAAGAAUUUUCAAAAAUUAUUUCCUAAGCAUUUCUAGAUAUUUUUAAAGUUUUUUAGCAUUUGUAAAUAGAUAAAUUUUAUCAGAAAAAAUAUUUAAUCAGCAACCAUAUAUCUUUAA